AUGAACUUUAUUCGAACUUUAGCCACUAGAACGGCAACAAAGUUUCAGGACGUGGUGAUUAUAGGAGGUGGACCUGCAGGACUUACUCUUUUGUCAGCAUUGAAAACGUCGCCGAAACUAAAGCAUUUGCAAUGCACAUUGAUAGAAGGACAGUCAUUAGAUCCAGUACGAGAAUUUGAAGUUAAUCCGCCGGAAAACUACACCAACAAGAUUGUUUCGUUAACUCCAAAGUCUGUUGAGUUUAUGCAAAACCGAAUUGGAAACUGGGAGUAUGCUCAUCAAGAUCGAGUAAGAGAUUACGACGGAAUAAUCGCCUACGACUCACAAGACGCCUCGGCACGAGUUGAAUUUGACGUUACAUCCAUUGGCAGAGACACCCUUGCAACGAUGUGCGAGGUUAUCAACAUCCAAAGUUCCUUGUUGAGGAAGUUGGAAGAGUUAUCUGCAGAGCCAGCAAGCGGGAUUGAAAUUUUGGACUCGACCAAGGUUGUUGAAAUCAUUAACCCGUUGGAAAAUGCGCAAGAUUUGGACAACCAUGAUUUGAAUCAGCCAGAUUUGGCAAUCGGAAACAAGGACUUGGACUGGCCAAUUGUGAAAUUAUCCAAUGGCGAUACCAUUCAAACAAGGCUAUUAAUCGGAGCUGAUGGUUACAAUUCCCCUGUUCGCAAGUAUGCGCAUAUUGAGUCCAGAGGUUGGCAGUAUAACAGAUUUGGAGUUGUUGCAUGUAUAAAGCUACAAUACGAAGAUUUCAGAUCUGUUGGAUGGCAACGAUUCCUCACAACUGGUCCUUUGGCAAUCUUGCCAUUAACGGAAGACAAUGCCACGAUUGUUUGGUCAUCUACACCAGAACUCAGUAGUUUAUUGUUGAAAGUGAAUGAAGCUAUUUUUCCUCAUUUGGUGACGGCUGGGAUGGUAUUGGAAGAGGUGGAUUUGAACUAUAUAUAUAGUGUAUUGGAGGAAGAUCCAAACGACUUUUCUGUCUUGAAGGAUAUCGAAUGGAGGUUGUCCAAAUAUGACUCAAGAACAUUGGAGGAAAAUUAUCCUUUACCAGUCCUCGAGCUUGUUCCCAAUACUAGAGCUAGGUUCCCAUUGAAAAUGUCUCAUGCCGAUACAUAUGUUGCCCCCAGAGUCGCUUUAGUCGGUGAUGCUGCUCACACGAUUCAUCCCCUUGCAGGCCAGGGAUUAAACAUGGGUCAGUCUGAUGUAGCUGCCUUGGUGGAGGCAUUGGAGCAGGGAGCCAGCAGGGGCAUGGAUUUGGGGUCUACGUUGGUGUUGGAACAGUACAAUGCAAAUGCUUGGCCCUCGAACCAUGCCAUGUUGGGUGCAUGUGACAAGCUACACAAAAUCUUUUCGACGGACUUUUACCCGCUCGUCCUUGCAAGGGGUAUUGGUAUGAAGGGUUUCAACAUGUUUGGUAGUGUUAAGGAUAUCAUGAUGAAGUUAGUGAGUGGUAGGUAA